AACUCAAGUCACACCUCAGUCUCUCACUUAGCUCUCACGAAGCAGAAUUGAAGAAAAACAUGGAGAGAGGAGUUUCUUAUUAUCUAUGGAUUCCUUUUAAGUUCAUCCACCAAACUUUCGGAUCUCUUUUACUCAAGCUUCUCGGUUUGCGAUCUCCAUCUGAUCAUAGUUUUCCGGAGGAUGGGGAGGAGGAAGUUAAGGUUGUGGAAGUGUCGUCGAGGGGUCUUCCCGGGAAAAAGAAUGUACUAAAGAAGUCGAGAGAAAGUUCCGGCAAGCCGGGAGGCACCAACAAGAAGCCGUUUUAGUUUUUCACUUCAACUAAUAAUAUUUGACGGAGAAAUUCUUCCUUACAUUUUCAUCUAUUUAGUGUAAGAUCUAAGAGAAUAGUUUCAUAUUUGUAUCGUAUAAUUCCUGAAGAUUGCAACUCCUACGAGUCCUUUAUUUUUUUUCUUUAAGACAAUAACUAAAGAGAGACGUGAAUCAUACUUAAUUUCUUGUGAGAAACUUGUAAAAGAAAUAACCGAUCAUAUAUCAUCUUAAGAAACAAACAGAUCAAUUCGAUCUCUUACCUCGAAAAAUG